AUGAAGCAAUUGAUUGAGAAGGGCAGGAAGAAUGAACCUACUCAUCUGAUUAAACUUCUAGAGUCAGCUUUAUCAGAAAGUCUCAACGGUGUGGCCGAGUUUGAUAGUGACCAGGUUCCGCCAAUUGGAGAGAAGCUUCAAAACUGUUGGGUUCUGCCUGUGGUUACCCUCACAAGCAUUGCCGUCGCAAUUCCUGACAUUGACCAAAAUACAAUCAGAUCAUUGCGGGAUGCAGUAGAUGAAGGCCUCAAGUAUGUAAGGCUCAUAGAGAGUUGUGACACUGAUAUUUAUGAUCAAAAGAGGUUUAACAUGAGGAAAGCAGCGGAUAUAGUAUGGCGUGGCAUUGAUAUUUAUGAUCAAUGGCUUGACAUUGAUCUCCACAAAUUGGUCACUGAAGAAAAACAUACGAAGAAGAUAAUCGAAAAACUAACGGAUAUAGGAUCCAAAAGCGUUUUGGAGUUCACAGCUGGGGGUGGUGGUGAAUGGCCUGCAAAGGUAUUGGCAGCCAAUUCCAUGUACAGGAUCGGUAAGACUAUUCUGGGGAAGCACAAUGACAAGCUUGAGUCUCCUGAGGAUUUGUUCAAAUGGUUACAAACAACUAUUGCUGACAUAUUGGGAGCUUGCCUUACCAACCUGCCUCGUGUUAUAUCUAUCGAACACCGUGGCGACAGCAUUGAUGAGAGGGAAAAAGAAAUAAAGGAUGCAGCAUCUGCUCUCGGUGAAGCUCGAGAUGUUUUUGCAAUUUUAAGUAAGCAUAAGCUCCCAGAUUUGAGCCCUUAUGAGAUGGCAGAUAUUGACGAUUGGCGUGAAGCUCUAUCUCGCCCUUCUUCUCCUGAUGAUGUCUAG